ACAUAUUUAGUUAUAUUUUAAUUAUUUUACUUUUAUUGUUUUAAUCUCUUAAUCUUUAUCCUAUUUGGUUUUAUCACCUUUUUUUAUUAUUCCAUUUUUAUCCUUUCCCCCCCCCCUUUUUUUUCCUUACUAUUCUUUAUUUCUAAGGUUUUUUAUUUUUUUAAUACCCACUCUUUUUCCAGUACAUUUGUGUUCAAUGGCAGUCUUCUUAUUCUAGGCUCUCUUCUCUUGCCUGCCGUGGGUCUUGAACCAGGGAGGCUAGGUGUAGGAGACUAUUGUCUAUACCACUACACCACACAGACUACUGGGAAGACCUGGUGGAAAAUAAGAGAACCAAGGUUUACAAAAACAGUUUUAAACUACAUUAUCCAGGUAAAGUCAUUACCCAUAAAGCCACACACUUCCUUCAGACUCACAACCAAUAGAUAGGCAGUUUUGAGACAGACAGGUAUAGUUACCAAUUAUACAGAACCUCCUUAUUUUAGCUCCACCCCUAAUUUAACCUAGAUCCCACCCCAGAGCUUAUUUAAGGAUAUGGAUGGGAACAAAAAGCGUAUGUCCUCUGAAGAAGCAGGAUUCCCUGCGAAACGUUAGGACGUCGAACUCAAAAAGCACCGUGAACUGCACAUCAAAAAGAUACUGUUUGACGGGGAAAACAUUGCCAAUUUUUGUGUCCUGUUUUACACAAAAAAUUUUUUUAAUGGAGAAAAAUCCUUUUUAAACCGUUUUGUGAGUACUCACAUUUUUAAACCCUUCCUUUUUUUUGGGUUUUUAUUCCCCCCUCCUUUUUUUUCGGUUUUAUUCCCCCUUCUUUUUGGAGUACAACACCCAAGCCAGAGGGGCCUACAAAACUUCCUGUUUGGUGAACUCCUAGGCCGCUUAGGCCUUCUGGUAAGGAACUGAGUUGUUAAUCAGCUACAGGAUCCUUUUCCCAAGGAUUCUUAUCAGCAUACUCAUGGGAGUCCGAGUAAAGACGACACAAACCUUGUGGCAAGUUCUCCACAGAUGCAUUUAUCGAAAAGCAAUGGAACACCUCGGCCUUUAAACAACAACUCCGAUAAGACCAAGGGGGAGCCGACCCAGGGGGAUAGGAAGCAGGAGAGGAAGGAGGUGAUGAAUGGGUCUACAGAAAGGAAGACCACGUCCUUGAGAAAAGCCCGAUCUGAAUCCUCCCUUUCCCUUUCCCCUUCCUCUUUCUCGUUGACUCCCCUGCAUGUGGAACAUCCGGACAGGGUGGAGCCCCAAAUAAAAACCUGUGAAGUGAGGAACCAUUGGGUUCCUACUAGACAUCCUAACACCACUAGAAAGAUUGCAGAUUGGACACUGGAAGUAAAGAAACCAGUUUUGUUUAUAGGGGACUCCAACCUGUCCAGAAUUCCCUAUUUUAGUGACGAAAAUGUUCAGGUGGAUAGUUACCCUGGAGCCAACUUUUUACAUAUAGCCAAGGUGUUACAAAAAUUAACCCCUAAUCCAAACACUCAAAAAGUCGUCCUAUCAUUAGGAAUCAAUAAUAGAGAACAAACAUUCGAAAGUACAACAAAAAAACAGUUGCAAGAGCUGUGGAGAAUUGCUGCAGUGGUUUUUCCCAAUGCCACGAUCUACACCCCAUUAUUAAACUACUCGGAUAUCCUACCUAGACGACAACAAGAAACUCUAACAAAACUGAACACUCAUAUACUGGCACAUGGUAAUCCAUUGCAGGAACUUCACCCACUUAGGUUCAAGGUGAACCCGAGGGACCCUAUCCACUGGACCACGGAAACGGCUUCGCAAAUGUUUACAUACUGGUUGGAUCAGUUAAACUUUUAGGAAUGGUGAAGUGCAAUAAAACAGACAACAAAAAGCACACCAACAUCAUUAACCUAUCCAAAACGUUUUGUCUCACAGGUCCGCAGGAGGAUUUACUCAGCAAGGGUCUCACCUUCAUCCCGACGCCAUGCGGUACGGACUUAGGGGAGCUGGGGAGGGAUGUCCACGCUUACAAUAGACAACUUAAAAUUUUAGACCACUUCCAAUACACAAAAUGUAAAGAACACUUACAGUUUACAGAAAAAUCCAGAUGGGAACCGAGCACCGAACAGACCAGUUUACCUAUAAAGCAGUUGAUUAAAAAGAACAGGAUGAUUAUCAAUUCUCUUUCAGAUUUUUCCAACAAUCAAGCAGAUAAUUUAACCGCCACAGAACGCAGAGCACUCAAAGAAUUACAAACCAACAAAGAUAUAAUAAUUAAACCGGCAGAUAAAGGCUCAGCGAUCGUCAUAAUGGACAAACAACAAUACUUACUAGAAGCAAAUAGACAAUUAAACAAUACCAAUCAUUACACUUUACUUCCACACUCAUUACAACAGGAAACACAAUCAUUGGUAACAUCCAUUUUACAGGACUUAAAACAGAAAGGCUUCAUUAACACUAAACAGUUUAAUUACCUUAUUGGUCCAAACCCACCAAGGCAGCGGAAAUUUUAUCUAUUGCCCAAAAUUCAUAAAGACCCACAGGCGUGGACAGUCCCUUCCGAGGUUCCACAGGGACGCCCGAUUGUGUCGGAUUGUGGGAGUGAGACCUACAAUGUGGCACAAUACAUUGAUUAUUUCCUCAAUCCUGUCUCACAACUUCAUCCCAGUUACUUAAAAGAUACAUAUGACUUUAUAAACAAAAUCAAGAACAUGACAAUUCCAGACUCGGCCUUCCUAUUCACUGUGGAUGUGGAAAGCCUUUACACAAAUAUCAGUACAGAGGCAGGAUUGCAGGCAAUAACGAAAUGUUUUAACAGGUAUCCAGAUUCAAGCCGGCCAGAUGCAGAACUUCUUCAGCUGUUGGAAAUAAAUUUAACCCGCAAUGACUUUGAAUUUAAUUCUCAAUUAUAUUUACAGGUUCAAGGAACCGCUAUGGGGAAGAAAUUUGCUCCAGCCUACGCGAAUAUUUAUAUGUCUGAGUGGGAAGAAACAUUGUUUCCAAAGUGUCCCCACUUACCCGCAGUGUAUUAUCGAUAUCUGGAUGACAUCUUUGGGGUCUGGCACCAUGACAGGGAACAUUUUGACACCUUUUUGAAUUUGGCCAAUUCCCAUCAUAAACACAUUAAAGUCAAAGCAACUCUUAAUUCGGAUAACAUUAACUUUUUAGACACCACAGUUUUUGCCAUCCCGACGGAGAAUAAUUCCAAAACACUACAUACUAAAGUGUUUUUCAAACCCACUGAUUCCCACUCUCUACUAUUUAAAACAAGUUAUCAUCCUAGACAUACUUUCAAGGGGGUAAUCAAAUCACAAAUCAUUCGAUUUCAUAGAAUUUGCUCAUUUGAUCAACAUUUCCAUGAAGCAACACAAACUCUAUUCAAAGCCCUUAGACCCCGAGGGUAUUCUAAGAGAUUCUUGAGAGCCAUUAAAAGAGACACGUUGCAGGAUCUCAGAAAUAACCCAACACGAUUGGUGCCGGAACCCAAGGAUGUCAUCCCCAUAGUCACGACUUUUUCAGAAACAUCCAAAAUCCUCAACAAUAAGCUUAAACAACAAUUCCAAAAAACACAAGAACUAUACGCACCACUUCGGUCAUUCAAACCAAUAUCAGCUUAUAGAAGAAAUAAAAAUCUACGGGAUCUCCUGGUCAGGGCCAGUUUGAAAUCAGACCGACGAGUGAUUCCUCCUAUAUUAGCAACACAUUUUCAACAGCUCAGGUCAGUGGAGAUGGGAAACAAGGGACACCUAGUGCCACAAAGAACAAACCUCAAGACCACGAAUAUCAUUUACAUGAUCACUUGCACACACUGCCAUAAGAGAUAUAUUGGAGAAACUGAAUACAGUCUGGAACAAAGGCUGAAACAACACAUUUACUCCAUUCAACACAGACCACGCAACACACACUUAAUAUGCCAUUUUGCAAGGGUUGGGAUACAGAAGCUCAGGAUCUCGGGUUUGGAGGCCAAUAGGGCAUGGAACAGGGAACAGAGAAGAAGAAGAGAAGCAUAUUGGAUAAGUAAACUGCACACAGACCAUCCUCAUGGCUUCAAUACUAGGAGAACAUCUUAGACUUGGAGACUUGGAACCAGAGAUACCCAUAUAGAGAGAGGAAAUAGGGCUAACCCAUUCUUCUUUUUACAGUAUUCUCUUCUUUCCCCCGUUGUUUUUCUUUUGUCCUCUGCUCUUUUUCUUUACCUUGUUCUUCUUUUUUUUUCUUCUUUUCUUCUUCUUUUCCUUCUUCUUCUUCUCCUUUCUUUUCUUUGUUCUUUUUUAUACCCAUUCUGUCACAUUCAUUGUGAGUAAAAAUAGCACUUGAUACUGGAGCAAUCCGUUGUAUAAUGGACGUCUCGGUGGAGCGUUUGGUUUUGUUUUGAUUUGGUUUGAUGUUUAAACACAACUUGGUGGAUUUGUGCACGCACAAAUACACACUUUGUAAAUAUGGUUUAAAGUAUUUAUAUAGCACUUGUUUUGAUUAUUAGCACUUUUCACUUGACUCAAUUGUUAGCACUUUUACUAGCACUUACAGCACUUUUUUUAGGUUUCAGCACUUCUUCCACUGGGACGGUCAAUGCCAUGGUUUGAUCCAGUAAAAUAAAUUGAAUAACUUUUUAUAAAACCACAAUAUUGUGAUGCUUUACUUUAUUUCCAGACAAUUUCUGAGCUUUUACCUCAACCCCAACCAUCAUUCCGCACCUGGGUUG